AUGAAUACCAGUGUUCUGAAAAUAAUCAUGUGGCCAGAGUUUCUUACACACUUUCCUCUUGGAGUCAAAAACUGCAUCAGAGGCUUAAAUCCAGAACAAGUGACUGUGAUUAUGGUAGAGUAUUUGGUUCCUUAUCGGUAUCUCCUGAAGGGAUUGACCGGUUCUGUGCUCCUUCUUGUCUUUCCAACUGUUUCUUUUUUUCUAUCAUUUGAGGCUAAUAGAAAAGUGAAAAAGGUGGUUUUAAAUUUACCAGUUGAGGUACUAAUAGAUCAAAACCAACAAAUUUUCAUUAUUUUUUACUUGCUUCUGUUUCCUCAAAUAGAUGUGAGAUCGCAGAACAUAACAAUGAAUUUUGUGACUGAGUUUGUUCUCCUGGGUUUUCCGGGUCAAAGAAAGAACUUCUUCUUCCCAUUAAUCCUGAUGAUCUAUCUUCUGACCCUCCUGGGAAAUGGGGCUAUUGUCUGUGCAGUAAAAUGGGAAAGGAAACUUCACACACCCAUGUACAUCCUCUUGGGAAACUUUGCCUUCCUAGAGAUCUGGUAUGUUUCCUCGACUGUCCCUAACAUGCUGGCCAACAUCCUCUCUGAAACCAAGACCAUCUCCUUCACUGGCUGCUUCCUCCAAUUUUAUUUCUUUUUUUCACUGGGUACAACAGAGUGUUUCUUCUUAUCCGUUAUGGCUUAUGAUCGGUACCUGGCCAUCUGUCGCCCAUUACAUUACCCUUCCAUCAUGACUGGGAAGUUCUGUGUGAUCCUGGUGUGUAUCUGUUGGGUAAGUGGAUUUCUCUGCUAUCCAGUACCUAUUGCCCUUAUCUCUCAACUUCCCUUCUGUGGACCCAACAUCAUUGACCACAUCGUGUGUGACCCAGGCCCAUUGUUUGCUUUGGCCUGCAUCAGAGAUCCUUAUAUUGAGCUCAUUUGUUAUACCUUCAACUCGAUGAUUAUCUUCGGACCAUUCCUCUCCAUCUUAGGAUCUUACACUCUGGUACUCAGAGCCGUCCUUCGUGUUCCUUCUGGUGCUGGUCGAACCAAAGCAUUCUCCACAUGUGGGUCCCACUUAGUGGUGGUGUCUCUAUUCUAUGGAACUCUUAUGGUGAUGUAUGUGAGCCCAUCAUCAGGGAAUCCAGCAGGAAUGCAAAAGAUCGUCACUUUGAUAUAUUCAGCAGUCACUCCACUGUUGAAUCCCCUUAUCUAUAGUCUUCGAAACAAAGAUAUGAAAGAUGCCUUAAAGAAAGUUCUGGGAUUAAAAGUCAACCAAACCUGA